AUGGAGCUGGCGCGCCGGGAUACACUGGAGUCGCAGUCACCCACCAAGCCAACUAUGCGGAACAUUGUGCUGGCUAGCCCGACGGAGAAACUGGCAGCGUGUAGCGUACCUGCCGGCGCCCCCCCUCUCCCUCUCCCCACCACACUAUUCCGGCUCCCUCCUGGCUGGGAAGUGGGAGGACAAACGUUUGACGUUGACAUUCUCCCCAUGAAAACUCUCGUUGCCGUCAGCCGGACAAAUGGCGUGCGAGCCCACUACUCCGACCACCCGGAACUGCCUGCCCCCCCAAGCGUUGGACGGGCUCCGCCUACUUGCGAUGCCAACUUGCGAUGCGAGACGCUGCAGAAGAAAAGAGUUGUCCAUGUUGCUGUUGGACAAAGACAAAGCCCCCCCUUGGAGCCUCGUCGGGAUCCAGAUGCGUUGCACACCGUACUUCUGCGAGCACCGACGCACGAUGAGGCGACGCGAGUGGAUGAGUUUCCGUAA